CACAAAACAUCAAACAUUUAUCAGUCAUUUCAAUCGAAAUACUUGAGAUAAAAACUUGUAUAAAUACAAACCUCAAUUUCCUACAUUUGUUAGCAACAAUGAAACUUCUCCUCUUUAUUUUUCCGUUCUUUUUGAACGCUUUCGCUCUCCCCACCCUCUACGAGUACUACACAUCUGAGGGAAUCACCGAGGGGUUAUCCGCCAAUCAGACAUACUUCACCCUCAAUGGAAAAAACAUCACCAUUUACAGUGGUACCAUGCACUACUUUCGCAUCCCCCCACAGUACUGGCGGGACCGUCUUCGUAAACUCCGAGCUGCAGGUUUAAACACCGUCGAAACCUACGUCCCAUGGAACUUGCACGAACCCCAAGAUGGGGUUUUCGACUUUGGAGGAGGUGGUACCGAUUUUGAGGCGUUUUUAGACGUCCACUCGUACCUCAAAAUGGCCCAAGAGGAGGAUUUGUUCGUGAUUGUGAGACCAGGACCGUUUAUUUGCGCCGAAUGGGAAUUCGGGGGUUUACCGAGUUGGUUACUCAAAAAUGACAUCAUGGUACGCACUUCAGACCCCAUUUACAUCAAGUACGUGCGAAGGUACUUCGAUCAGUUAUUACCCAUCCUUGCGAAGCUCCAGUUCACACAAGGGGGCCCCAUUAUAGCACUCCAAGUCGAAAAUGAGUACGGUUCAAGCCCCCAAAUCGACUUGGACUAUAUUAAAAUCUUGUACGAUUAUAUGAGAGGUUAUGACAUUGUGGAACUUCUAGUAACCUCAGAUGGGGCUGGUUCUGGUACCAGUGGUUCCCUCCCAGAGUUACUCUUCCAAACUGUGAAUUUUGGUUCCGACCCUAAGGGUAAUUUCGAUACUUUGCGCUCGUUUCAACCAGGGAGGCCCAUCAUGGCGAUGGAAUACUGGACUGGGUGGUUCGACCAUUGGUCCGAGAACCACCAUACUGUCUCCAAUGGUACCUUCAACGAGAUUUAUGAACAGAUUUUGACAUAUCCCGCGUCUGUAAACAUGUACAUGUUUCACGGUGGUACCAAUUUUGGGUUCUUGAAUGGUGCCAAUAUCGGGCCUGGUGACAAUUCCGCGUUUCAACCAACCACAACAAGUUACGAUUACGACGCCCCCUUGGCAGAAAACGGCGAUUACACCGGAAAAUACGAAAUUGUUAAAAGUCUAAUCAAACGGUAUAAUCCGGUUGAAACGUCAACUCCGGAACCACCGGAGUUGAUCAAACGUCAAGCUUACUCUUCUGUUGAAAUACAAGAAGAGUUGAAUUUGAAUGAAAUUAUUGACAGAGUGUCUUUUGUGAAAAGUCAUGAAGCACUUCCUAUGGAAAAACUCCCAAUUAAUAACAAUUCAGGGCAAAGUUUCGGUUAUCUUAUCUAUAGAAUCGAAAAUCUUGACAUUGCAAAGUCCUCGAUUUUGUCCAUUAAAGGCCACGUGCGUGACACAGUCAUGGUUUUGAUAAAUGGUGUCUUAAUAUCAAAACCAUUAUCAAGUAGUAGCGAUUUUGAUGGUUUUGGUUACUGGAAAUUGCCCAAUUCGAGUAUUAAUUUAACCAAAACUGAUCUACGAAACGUCACACUUGAUCUUGUUUUCGAAAAUUGGGGUAGAGGCAAUUUCGGGAAUUUGUACCACCAAAGAAAAGGCUUAACUCAAGACAAUCAAGUCUACUUGAAUGACAUUGAACUCAAUUCCUGGACCAUGUUCCCUCUGGAAUUUAAAAAAUCCUGGACCGAGAAUCUGACUGGUUGGCGUAAAUCUUCGAGUACUAAAGGACCAGGCAUUUUCCGAGCCAUUUUACCCAUUGAAAACGAACCCAAAGACACUUAUAUUGACAUGCAAGAGUGGAACAAGGGCAUAGUCAUUGUCAACGGUUUCGUAGUGGGGCGCUAUGCUUUUAUAGGCCCCCAACAAGCCCUCUACCUACCAGCCCCCUUCCUCAAACAAGGAGACAACGAAAUUAUCGUUUUUGAGCAUUUCCAACCGGCCAAGCAAAUCAAAUUCAGCGCAGAGCCCAUCUUCAAAACACCAUAAUUUAUUUUUGUGUAAAAAUUGUUAAAAUUAAUAAAAAAUAUAUGUGUUAAA